AUGUCGGAUCCGCAAGAGGGAAGUAUUUAUGCCCGUGUGGCAAUCCUCCAGUGGGCGGCAGAGAUUUUCCACAGGAAGUUCGGUGCCUUUGGUGACUUUUCGGCGAGCGACAUCGCGGUUCUUCUGCACGCCAUCUUUAACACCCCAAGUAGUGGCUGUGCAGGGGAAACGGCGGGGUCGCUUGUGGUCUCCCUGCACGACAUUCAGUUCUGCGAGAACCCUACACCCACGACACUGUUUCUCAACGCGAAGCGUGUGCUUUCGCUUGUGCAGACGCUUAGCUCCACCGCGGGUGAUGGCAGCAGCGAGAGGAACGCGGCGGACGGCUGCUGCGGCGUUGGCGGUUGCCGUCCGCCGUCACCGCCGGCGGUGGGCAACAUGACGGUCUCUGCGUGGAUGGAGGGUAAGGCAUUUGUGGAGGAGUUGAAGAUGUGGCGCUGGAUCCGUGCCGAGGCGUUUCGACGCGGGCUCGAGGUGGAGCAGUUGGAGCUCCGGGUGCAGGCCUUCCUGCGUGGCGCCGCGGAGUCCGGCAAGCCGCCACCACCACACGCAGUGACGGCAAUGGCAGCGGCGGGGCGGGCGUUGGGAGCUGGGGGCAGUCCCUCGGCUUUCGUGGUCGGAACAGCCGCCGCCGCACCAAGAAAGCGGUUACGCGGGGCAGAGGAGGGCGCCACGAACGCUUCCGAGGCCGCACCGCCCUCAGGCGUUGGUGGCGGCGAGCACGUGCGAGCGCUGGCUGCCGCAAACAUGUCAAUCGGGAGCGGGUUUGAGAGCGGCGUCAGAAACCACCUGCACACUGACGGUGUCGCCCAGUGCGCAGGAGGAGGUGGGGAGACGACCGGCGCUCCCCCGAGGCACGGUGACGCGCCGAGGGAAAUUCACGAGGACGCACUGACGCUGUCGCAUUUGACGUGUGACGGGGUUGCCCUCGCACCGAGGCUUCUCAGUGUCCUUGAGGAGGUAAAGAAGGAGCUUGAGGAGAGAAAGGUGGUGGCGGAAGCCGCGACUUCCGCCGCCAGCGGUGGAACGACGGGAGCAGCCACCGCGGAGCAGCGUGGAAGCGGGGCUCAUUUGAGUGAUGAAACGCGCGGCAGUGGGUGCCCACGCGUCGGGUGUUCAUCCUGCCCUGCGAUCUUCACAGCGGCGUUGCAGCAGAACUACAAAGCCAUUGAGCGACUAGAGGCGGCGCGAGGGAUGGCUGUUGCCGCGUGUCUCAGGAGGGAUGCGGCAGCCCUUUUAGAAGCCCUCUCAUUUCUUUGA